AAUUUCAAAGCCUCCCCACAAACCUAAUAGAUUGUUCCUUGAAGAUGGCGGCUGACUCAAACGGUUGAAGCAACAACAACAUUCAAGCAGACGCAAUUAAUUCACUUUUCGGUGAAAUUUCAGCGUUUUCUCACAGUUGUCAUCACUAUGGAUGAGUUCCGUCGGCUGUACCUGCAGCUGUGUAAGGACCACGACACCGAACCUCAGGAGUCGGUACUGCAGCAGGUCAAGGAGCUGGGGUCGUCCCCGAAACAUGGGCCCAGCAGACUGGAUCUUUCCACUAUCAGCCUCCAUGUGGACACGUGUGCAGUCCUGGGGAAGGCCUUGUCGACUGACCGGUCCUUCUCUGAGAUCAGACUUGCUGACUGUAUGCUGAAUGAGGAAGGUGCCAAAUUGCUACUACAUGGUUUGUGUUCUAACACAAUGGUCAAGAACCUGGACCUCAAGGGGAACAACUUGAGAGGUGUGGGUGCAGAGUCCAUCGGAAAACUGUUGAAGUUUAACAAAUCCCUAAGAAGUGUGUGUCUGGAGUGGAACUCCCUGGGCAUGUUUGCCAGUUCCUUCACCAUCCUGUGUGAGGGUCUGGGUGCUAACCACACGCUGCAGGUGUUGGACCUCAGGAACAACCAGAUCACUCAUGACGAGGCUGCCGAGAUCGCAGCAGCUCUCAGGAAGAACCAAACUCUCAGGACAUUAGACUUGAGGUGGAACAAUGCAGGGAUAGUUGGAGGGAGGGAGCUGUUGUCUUCCCUCCAGCAGAACAAAACCCUGACUAAGAUGGAGCUCAGUGGCAACAACGUGCCUGCAGACACCAUCAAGGCUAUAGAACAAGCCCUGUCCACCAACGCUGACCGUAUCCUGAUGACCAGUGAGUACCAGGACAGGACCCGCAUGCUGACCAACGAGAUAGACAGCAUCAAGAAGGACAGAUCCCUGCAGGUCAGUGACCUGUUGGACAGGAUAGACCAGCAGAAUGAGAAUAUGUCUAAGACACAACGCUCGUCGGCGCACAAGAUUGGACGCCUGCAAGAAGCCCUGGAGGAGAGGAAGUCUAACUUCAAUUCUCUGGCUGCCAAAUUGAAAAUGACAGAAGCAGCCCUGGCAUUGGCUGAGCAGAAGUCACAUGAUCUGGGGGAGCUGCUGACCAAGUCACGACAGGAGAACAACCAGUCACAGGUGCACCAUCAGGCAGAGCUCAUGAAGGAAAAAGAGGACCGUAAUGCUUCUGAUGCCAAGAUGAGGAAGGAUCUGGCAGGGGUGCACGACAGGAACCUGCAGCUGGAGUCAAAGGUGGACGAGUUAGAGAGGCGGAACCGGGCCCAGCAGGACCAGGUGUUUGAGCUGAAGGAAACUGUCGCACAUCUCAACGCACAGAUCAAGGUUACAAACACACAGUCUGAUGAGAGACAACAGAGAGAACAGCAGAAGCACAAGGAUGCCAUGAAGGAUGCAGAACACCUCAGGCAACAGGAGGUGAGCAGAGUGCGGCUGGAGGCGGAGGAGACGGAGCGGGUUCUGAAGGAGCGCAUACAGAAGAUGGAGAUGCACAGGAUGGAACUGGAGGAGGAAAUCAGUCGUCACAAGUCUUCCCUGGUGUCGGAGAAGUCAAAGAAUGAGGAACAGUUGCAACAGGCCAAGACCAGGAUCAAACAUGAACAGCAACAGCGGGUUACCCAGCUGGAAGAGAGGCUGCGCAUGGAACAGAUGUCCAAGGAAGAGUUACAGAACCACAGCGACCACCAGUCAUCACAGAUCACCGAGCUCCAGACCAAGCACACGGGGGCUGUCAUGGAGGUCGAGGGCCUCAAGAGGAAGAUAGAGGAGAUCAACCAGGAGCUUGCUGGGAAGAAUGCGGAGAAGAUGACAGCCGUGGAGAAGGUUCGACUGGAGCUGAAUCAGCAGACGUCCAAACUGGAGGCUGAGAAACUUGCCAACAGCGAGCUGAACGAGAGGCUGGAGAAAGUAGAAAAACAACUCAGAGACCAGAACCACCGGCACCGUGAGGAGAGGCGCGACCUUGAGACGGAGGUGACAUCCCUGAGGGAGCAGGUCCGGAUGAAGGAUGCUGAGAUCAGCAGGAUCAGGGAUGAGGAGGCGCAGAGAGCCAGGAUGCUGCAGUCGGCCAUCAAUAACUAUGUGGGCGGAGCUACCGGGGGAAGGAGCUGAUACAAACCAUGGAAUCUCAGUGAGGCCACACCAACUUAAUUUCUCGGUUCUCAAAUUCUUUGUAAAAAUAAUGCUGGGUUGGAAUAUCAUCAUAACUGAAUGAAUGAUUGGUUUAUUUGCAACAAAUAAGCAUACACAUACAUACCGUUACAACCUUACAUUGCUAAAUUAGGGUAUGAGACGUAAACAUUUUUUAAAAAUUCAUUCAACAAUGUUUAACUAAAAGGUAAGGUGGUAUUUCUGAAUCUGGAUGUUCUACAUCUGAACUGUAUAAUUAUGAAAAUAUAGUCUGAGCGGAAAGUCUGUACCUUAGUCGAUACAGUUUCAGAAACUGACGUGAACAGAUUGAAAAGCAUGUUUUACUCCCAGCCUCCUGUUCUUAUGAUUUUACAAAACAUUUCUUAGAAACAACAAGUUAAAUUGGUGUGGCCUUAAAUUGUAAGACGUACAGAGCAUUGCCAUUAUCUUAAAAUGAUCUUUUUCAGCAGGUAACAAUAUGUUAAAAACAUACCUGACAGAUAAGAAUGAAAUAGAAUCAGCAAUGUAGAGCAGUGAUCUUACAGGAUAUUUUUUGCAGCCAAAAAUGUCUUCUUACAAGAAGUGAAUGCUGGGAAUGAAGAGUACUAAUAUCAUCCUUUUACCAACAAUAUUUUUCUACAGUCUGAAACUUUUUUUACAUCCUGAACAUGGUUCUACUGUAUGUGUGUCACUGUCAAUUAUACUAAAUUUUUAUGUACUGUGUGUGCCAUUGAGUCUUUCACACAAUCACAGGUUACUUCACUUGAAAAUUGCACUGUAUUGCCAUUCUGUACUAGCAUUAUUUUAGAUCAUGUAAAACUGUCUUCCAGUUAGUCCUUCGAAGUUCAAGGAUAGCUGAAAAAUCUAGAGGAAUGAAUUCUACUGUCCUCAUAUAAAUGUUGUGUUUGAAACUCACAUUUUACCUUAAGCAAUUUUUUCCGUUUUAAACUCACAUUGUACCUUUUCUGUAGCUUUAUUCACAGAGACCCUGUACAUACAUUAGUUGUUCUAAUAAAUGUAUUGAGCAAUAAAACAGAAAUGUCAUA